GUUUGUUUACAAAUAGAGAUGAUGAUUUGAUCUAUCCGGUAAUAAAAUGUCUAUCUUUUGGCGAUGAACAUUAUUAUCACAUAAAAUUCACUCACAUCAGUCUGCUAACAAAUUCAUUUCACAUCACGAACACAUAGAUUCACAAAAUUUGCACACUUUGCAUAACACGAAUUAAGUUGCUCAAAUAGUUGGGCGUUGUUUUUGUAGUAUCACAUUUCGCUAGUUUACAGAUUUGCGUGAGUUUUAGCAGAAAGUUCCUUCGUCAAGAACAACUCCUACAUUCCACAAAAGAUACAAUCCACCAACCAUGACGUCGACAUAUUCGCCGGAAAGUCAAAUGAACUUUGUCAUACAGUGGUUCCGAGGAUGGAGUGAGUUUCAAAAGGAAGAUUUUGUAAUUGUUCUCUCCCAGCUGAUAAAACAAGGGGGCGAUCUUGACAAGAAUGGCGUUGGAGAUGAUGCUACAGAAAAUAACCUAGUCAAUGGCUUCAAGGGGUUACAAACGACCUCAGGACGACCACCCUCACUUUUCACAUGCCAGGUGAAGCUAUUCAAUGAGUGGUGGACAUCGUGGCCGUCAGCAGAACGAGACAAGAUGAGUGUCCUUUUUAAGGAAGCAGAUCCCAAAUUUUACACCGCAGUCGAGUUAGAAAUGAAUGGAGAGAGUCAAAAACUUAACGAGGAUUUCAUGGCGGUUCAAAAGUCAGAGGUCGACGAAAAGCAGAUGUCCAGUAACGGAGUCAUAAAUAAGCAAGAUGCGCCUGUUUUUAAUGUGACUAAAGUUUUAAUCAAUAAUGGUCCUUCGUCAUUCGGUAGUGUUGACAAUAAUGACAAUGAAGAUGCCAAUAACCAAGAUGUAGGAGAAAAUCAUGCUGACAAUGAUGAUGAGGGUCGACAGGUGACAAAUGGGGGCAACGAGGGUGCAGAUGAGCCGAUUGCGACAGAAAUAUAGCAUGCAUCACGACUUCAGCCAAAGUAGUAUUAUCUGUCAUGUUGUUAAGAUUAUUGGCUAGCAAAAAAAUGCUUGAUUGUAAAUAAUUGAGUGUUGGGAUGAGUUUCAGUCGCCAUUUUUAUUUCAGGACAAUCAAAAAAUAUUACACUCUUACUUUAUUAAUUCUCUUACUUAUUGUUAGCCAAUAUAGUUUUAGUUUUCAACCAAGAUUCAUAAUUCCAUGAUUUUUUAUCAAUUGUAGUAGGAACAAUGAUUUAACAUUCCUUAUAGUUAUCCAAUCCAUUCCAGUUGAAUUUGUUAAAUGCCAUGCAUUCCACCUCGUAAUUCCUUUGUUAAGAAAGCAUAAUAUUUAAUUUUAAUAUUCCCAACACUGCGCAGGUUUGUGUUCAGAUUAACUCUACCUCUUCUUAUUGAUCAUUCACAGCUAAAGUAAUAUUGGCGUGCAAAUAAAAGACUGAGGUUGAGCAGCUAGUGAGUAGUUAGAAGAAGUUGGUCAAAUCUUAUGGCAUUUAUAUAAAUACGUAAAGUUUGCUUUACGAUCGGUUUCGAUUAACUAAUUGCUGUUAACAAUAUCUAUGUUCAUUUACUAGAUGACAUAUUAUAUCAACUAUGUAUAUUGUUUUUAAUAAAAACAAAAGCUCACAAAUUUUAAAAUAUA